GCCCAGUUACUACUCUCACUGAAUAAUGAUAAUAAUGGUCAAGAUGGCUACUUCAGAUGCCUCCUUGCGGUAGCUACCGAACAAUUUCAUGGAAACAACUAAAACUACUAUUCCUCGUGAUUUAAAGGCCCCGGAGCUAACCUGGGAAGUGCAGAAGAUACCACUGUGUGGUUUAAGGCAUUUUAUUACCUGACAUAGUUUACCAUCUAGCUAGCUAACGUUAGUUGUCGAACAUUCCACAUUUUAGAUAGCAAGCUACAGUAACGUUAGUUCAGUGAAGUCUCGUCCUCCCUUGUGUGUUCGUACCGAGGGGGUCUGUGACGGUCAGCAUCAAAUGGCCGAACCGAGAAAAGUACCGUUUGUCACAAUCUCUUCCUUUAACAGCAAUGCACCGCCUUCGGAUUCAAAGAAACGCCGCCGGGAAGAUGAGGCCGAAAUCAGUUUGGAGGAAGAUGGAGGGGGUGGAAGUGCAGCAACCAGGCCAGGAGGUGGUACUGGUGCUAGUCCAUUCGGUAUCGUGAAAGCCGGUGACGGGGAUUCAGCGGAAACAAAACGUGUAACAGUGCGCUUGAACCUCUCCUUGCCCGAACCCAGCGAACGGGGAUCUGCUGAAUUCAACUACAGUGAACUUGUUCAAUCUACUCAGGUGAAGAAGCCUCCUGCUCCAGGACGUCCUAAAGACCUGACGCCAGCCCUGGACCCCAACGACCCCAUUGCAGACAACGAUAAGGAGAGAAGAGAAGUAGAGGCGCUCGCCAAGAAAUUUGAGAGCAAAUAUUCACAGGCCAAUACAGGGAAAAAGAAGCGGAAGGACAGAGUGCAGGAUCUCAUCGACAUUGGUUUUGGCUACGAUGAGACUGACCCAUUCAUUGAUAACUCUGAGGCUCUACUUUCUUCCCCUCAGUAUGAUGAGCUGGUGCCAGCCUCCCUCAACACUAAGCUGGGAGGGUUCUACAUCAACACUGGCACCCUGCAGUUCAGAGCAGCUUCCGAGUCAGAGGGAGAGGACUUCAAGAAGUUGAAAGAUGGUGAGGAGCGUGUGAUAAAGAAGCGAAUGAAAAAGCAAGAUGGCAGUAACAUGGAUGAGAAAAAGCCCAGGAAGAUCAGGAUGCCAAAGCAAGGAGCGUCUGGCCUGAAUGUCCACCGGCCAGAGAAGAAGAAAAGGAAGAAGUUAAUGAAGGACUCUCUGAAUCUGGCCGCCAUGCUCCGCCGCUUCACACGGGAGAAGGAGGAGAACCGCAAGAAGAACCCCGGCCUGCCCCGUGGCCAGCACAAUGCCAACAGUGCCCUGCUCAACGCACACCCUAAACCCAACGACAUCAGCAUGGCCGACCUGGCCAACGACCCUGCCAUGAUGUCACUGCUGGGCUCAGCCAAUAACAACGACAUGCUGCAGGACAUGAUGGGCGACCUAGACUUUGGGCUGCUGGACUCUCCUCAGCCCUCCAGCCCUGCGCAGGGGGAGAACGGUGCUCUGGGUAGGGUCCAGGGCAGGGUCCAGGGGGCACAAGGAGGUCUCCUGCCCCCUCCUCCUCUGCCUAAUGGACUGCCUGCCCCUCUCAGUAAGCGCAUUGAGGACCUCCGAGUGGCUUCUCAUCAGUUUGAUCAAGAGGGCAGGAAAAAGUUCUUCACGCUGGACAUGAACAACAUCCUACUGGAUAUUGAGUUGCAGGUCCAGGAGCAGCCUGCAGCAGUGCGCUCUUCAGUCUACUCCCAUCUCGAGGCCUUUGUGCCCUGCAACAAGGAGGCUCUGCUCAAACGCCUAAAGAAACUCAGCCUCAAUAUCCAGGAUGACCGUCUGCGUGCCCCGCUACUGAAGCUGAAGCUGGCUGUGUGCAGCGUGAUGCCAGAGCAGAUCGCCAGAUACAACAUGGACUGCAUCGCCAAAGUGGCCAAGCAGCAUUCAGAAGGGGGGGAAAAGAACGGGUCAGAAGAGGAGGAUGAGGAGAAGCCUGGGAAGAGAGUGAUGGGACCUCGCAAGAAGUUUGUCUGGGAUGAGAAGCUCAGGAUGUUGCUGUGUAACCUGGUGAGGGUGAAGCUGGGCUGCUAUGAGCUGGAGGGCCAGAGCUCCCAGUCUCCAGAGGACUAUCUCAAGGCCUUCAUGGAGACUGAGGUGAAACCACUGUGGCCCAAGGGCUGGAUGCAGGGCAGGAUGCUAUUCAAAGAGAGCCUCGUGGUUCAUUGUCACCUCACUGGCAAUCCAGCCAAGAAAAAGAUGAUUCCUAGUCCCAAGUCUAAACCCAAGGAGGGUAGUUGGGUCCAGAGAUCCACCCCCUCAGUUGGUGCGACCCCCUCCCCUGCAGCCCCAGUGGCCUGCCGGCCCUCCCAGUCCCCCGCUGAGACCAUCUGUCUGCUGGACUCCCUGGAUGAAGAGCUGACCGCCCCCGCCCAGGACUCCAUCUCCCAGGCCCUGGCCCUCCUCAGCAAUGCAGCCAAGGGCCUGGUCCAAGGGGACAGUCCCCCCUCCCCUGAUAGGCCCAAGACUGCCCCGUCCUCCCUCCACGCCUCACCUCUCCUCCAGAAGCACAAGAAGAGCACCAUCAACACACCCAGCUCCAACACACCUCUCUACAUCUCUACCUCCUCCUCCCCCUCCUCUCUCUCUCGGCCUCCCACGGUCUCCCCUUCUCUGUCCUCAGCGAGGGUCGAGGGGUUGGGGUCGAUGAAGGGUGGAGGUGCCCUGGCUCAGGCUCACAGACAAUCAGUGCAGAGCACUCAGAGGCUUACUGGGACGGGACUGAGUAAAGCCAACGCUCCCGGCUCUCACUCCCAGCCUAAGCUGCGGCCGCCCCCCAAUCAGAAGGGCUUUGGCAGCAAUAAUACUAAAGCCAACAGCAGUGACACCCCCCUCUCCUCCCCUUCUUCCUCCUUCUCUCUCUCAGGAGCCCAAGCUCAGCAGCAGUCCAACUUCAUCACCCCCAUGCAGGCCACUCUCACCAAGUCCUCCCACAGCAGCACCUCGCCCAUCAUCAAACUCACCCCUCGCCUCCCCAACCCCUUAACGCACACCACCUCACCCUCCACCAAUCCCAGGCCUCAGGCAGCUUCCAGUAUGCACCAGUACUCCUCCAAAAGCCCAGCAGGGUUCCGCCCACCUUUCUCAGGUGCUCCGGGAGGGCCAGCCAAACUUGUCCAAGGCAGCUACACCCCUCCAGGAGGGCAAAAGACCCCCUCUCAGAUCAUCAGCAGCAGCGCCAACACCAGCCUUACCAACACCUCAUCCAUCAGCAAGCAUUCGGGAUCCAGUCCCUCCCCUACCACAGCCUCGGCCAAUCAGCGACAAAGGCCGGCAGGUGGAACCAUUCAGGGGGCUAAGCCUAUUAAAUCUGUCUCCACACAGUCUGUCUCUUCUCAGUUGCCACAGGUGUCCUCAGCCAGCAGCAGUCUUCUUGGCUCUGCUCCGUCUCUCCCACUGGGCUUUGGGAUGUUGGGGGGGCUGGUUCCUGUGUCCCUGCCCUUCCAGUUUCCUUCACUCUUAAACCUGCCCCCGUUAGGGGGCACAGCUGGCUCCAGCACCGGGGCCAGUGGCUCCUCAGCCAGCAACAGCUCAGCAUUCUCCCUGACCCAGAAUCUGUUAAAGAGUCUCCAGUCAGGGUCUCAGGUUGCUCUGCCUCCUCACUUACAGCUCGCUUUCUCAGAACUCUACUCUUCCUGUCCAGAUGUCAAUCAAACCCAAGGAGGGGAUGUGAAGAGGAAGUCUCUUUGACCACACCUGUUUGGAACACUGAGGACAUCCACUAUGAUAUGACAGCUAUCAGGACAAAUCAGGAACUAGGACGACUUUGAAUGAAUGACUAACAGAAACUGCCCAAACACAGGAUGGGGCUGAAAUGGGGAAUUGGACCCUCUCGAUAAUCUUCCGGCUGUUACUUAUUUUUUAAACAGCAAUUUGAUAAUUGUUUAAAUAUUGUAAAUUGUAAGGCUUAAUGACAAGUUUGUUUUUGUCAAUGUUUACAGAACAGACCUUUAUCACUGUGGUCAGGGAGGGAGAAUGAAUGAGAGGUCUACUUGUUGGUGUGUGUGUGAAUGCACUUCUUUAGCGUCAGUGUGCAACCCUCCCUCUCUGAUACCUGGGUUAGUGUGUCUAUUUGGUGCUUCUUUUUCAAUGUAUUAUCUAGACCUGUAAGAAUGAUACUAAAUGCGAACGUUGUUGAAUUUGUUUAGGGACCGGAGCUGUAUUUUUUUGCUGUACAUAACUCCACCAAACUCAAUAAAACAAGCCAUGAUCUAUGCAGGAUUAUAACAAAAUGG